AGGAAGGAGUGCUGCGGCAGCGCGAGGCAGAGGGAUAAACAGAGCAGUUGCAUUAUCGAUCCCAAAUAAAUAAUCGAAUUCAUCGAUACAGGGCGACAGGCUGGAAACAGAGCGCACGGCUCGGUCGGGUGCUCGCUGGUACCCUUGCAAUAGGCUCGGAGCACGAACCCGUUCUGCAAGGGUUUUGAAUUUAGGGCUUGCUGCAAAACACUCGAGUCCUUUUUUGUGGCUGGUUCUCGGCCUGAGCAAAGAAGUGGGAUGCUUUAGAUUUGUGUUUGUUUUAUUGGCACAGUUUAAGCGAUCCAGGUGCAGAUCUUUUUUGUGUGUGUGCUGUAUGUAUUCUGUAUUUCGAUUUUGGAUUUAGUUGUUUAGUUUCAGUUUGUUUGGGCUAGGGUAGGGUGGUGCGCCCCCUAAGCAGAAAUGUUGAGAUUUGCAUGAGGCUCGCCACCUCUAAAGCAAGCGCCGGGGGUCGUUUAAAAAACAAAAACAAAACCAGCGUUUUUUUCGGUUCAGAUAAAUAAAUAGAAAGACUUGUUGCAAAACCCAUUCGCGCGAAAGAAAAACAAAACCAUGGAGCCGUAUUUAAGUGUGUUAGUCGCAGUGUGAAUGUGAGCUGGACCGCCUCCCUGUUCAGCGCACCAGGGCAGGUUGCAGUGUUACUGUUCAGCGCUCCGGUGUUUAAAUGGUGCGCUGAAGCGUCCCCGCCGCUACUUGUGAUACACUUGUAAAUUGGACGCGCGGUAUUCACGAACAGUCCUGCGGUCAUGACUCAAGAGAAGAUGGAACUGGACCUGAGUACCCCCGUGUCCAUGUUGCAAGCGGACGGGAACCUGAGACGGUCCAGCAGUGCCCCCAUGAUAAACGGGCUGAGUGAUCACACUCCAGUGUUCCAGGGAGAGACGCUGCGCAGUCGCAGAAACAGCACAACACUUGUGAACCGCCACAGUCUGAUCCCUCCCUCUUCGCCUAUCCGUGUUCCCAGCAGCCGGCUCUAUCAGAUCAAACAGGAGGAAGGCGUAGACGUGAUGAACAGGGAGACUGCUCGUGAGAGGGAGGUGCAGGCAGCCAUGCAGAUGAGCCACUCCUGGGAGGAGAGUCUUAGCCUGAGUGAUAAUGACUUGGACAAGUCUGCGUCUCCAAAGCGGAUUGAUUUUGUUCCUGUGUCCCCAGCUCCGUCUCCCACCAGAGGGAUUGGGAAGCAAUGUUUCUCGCCAUCUCUGCAGAUCUUCGUGAGCAGUAACGGGCUUCCUCCCAGCCCUGUCCCCAGUCCCACCAGACGCUUUGCAACACGAAGGAGUCAAAGUCCCAUUAACUGUAUCCGACCGAGUGCCCUUGGACCCCUCAAAAGAAAAGGUGAAAUGGAAACGGAGAGCCAGCCGAAGAGACUGUUCCAGGGGACGACCACCAUGCUGACUCCUGACGUGUCUCACCUGCCCGACCUCGGCUCCUGUCUCUCGUCGCAGUUCCUGGACGGGAGCCUGCGCAGACUGGGCUCCUCCUCGGACUCCCCCGCCAAGAUGGACUCCUCCUCGGACUCCCCCGCGGAGAUGGGCUCCUCGUCGCAGUGCCCCUGCCCCUGCUCUUCAUUCAGCCCUGUGCAUGACCUGUCUCCCAAGUGACCUUCUGCUGAACCAAACGCCUGCUGGGCUUAGUUACUUUGAGUUUUUGUUGCUUUACUUUAAGGAUGGUUUAACAUUAGUGGAGGACUCUUCAGAAUUUUUUCUUUGUGUGUGUGAGGUGCACUGAUCUGCAGUUCAGCGUUAGCGAUGAAGAGAUCGAUGGCAGGAGGUGCUGGUCAAGCUGUAGGCUCAAAGCAGCUGCUGCCUGAUUUCUAAGCAGAGUUACAGUGGCAUCUGUUUAAUUUUCAUAAGGGUAAGAGUUAUGGAGCACGCUCACGGGGAAAUUUGGCAAACUAAUUGGGUCGUGGUGUGUUUUUUCUUUCUCUAAUAGAAAAAGACUGAUCUUGUAACAUUGCUAGCUCCGAGCUGCUUGAUAACUGACAAGUUUAAACUGGAAAUUGUAAAGUUUUUUUUUUUUGGUGCUGCCAGGAUGUAAAUAUUGCUGAAGUUGAAUAGCAGUUUGGGCCAUUCCAGGUUUUCAUCUUGCUUUAGUGAAGCCGUAGAGAGGAAACUCUUAGGGUGGCAUUAAACUGCCAGUAAAACCUGGAAUAGCUCCGAGUGCUCAAUGAAUCAUUUCUUUUUCUCCCAUCCUUGGCUGUAC